GAGAGAGAGAGAGAGAGAGAGAGAGAGAGAGAGAGAGAGAGAGAGAGAGAGAGAGAGAGAGCAGAUGGACGCGACACAGAGACGGAGCCAUGUAGUGAAUCUCACCGAGCGGCCGUGACUGCGAGGUGGUUACCGCAGGGAUAAGACGGAGAGCACGCCGGACCGAGGAAUGGACGGACAGACGGGCGGCCGGACAGAGGGACGGCGGGGAAAGCAUGUGAAGGAAUAAGCAGAAGCCAGGAGGAAGGAGGAGGGAGGAGGACGAGGAGGACGAGGUAGAGGAGGAGGUGGAAACUGCACUCCAGUGUUAAGAAGAGGAGAGACGGCGAGGAUUCAAGAAACAGACGAGGACACCUCGAUCAUCCCUUGCCAUGAAAGGAUGCGUCUCUUAGCCAAGUCCUGGAGGAGAAAGGGAGAGAGAAAGAGAGAGCGAGAGAAUCAAAACCAAACUCCAAUGGAGGACAUCCGCUGAAGCAAAAGAAGAGUGAUGAAAAAAAAAUGCGGACGGCGAUAGAGCGAGAUUGGGAAGCACAUUGGCCGGUUUCAUACCCUCUGAUCUCCUGAGGAGCAGAGGGAGUGUUGGCGGGGAUUCGAGAGAGGGGGAGAGGGACAAGUCGAGAGAGAGCGAGGUCCGUUGUUAAUGGAGUUGGGAUGGAUGGACGGCCUGCAUUCAUCCCAGCUCUGCCCGGUUGCUGGUUCCAUCAUCAGCCCUAUCAAGACUUCAUUUCUUUGGACACUAUACGGAACGAGCGCACAAAAGAACUGAAGUGUGCAGUUAACCAGGCUCACACGCAAGGGCGGGUGCAAGACAUUUCUUAGAUUCUUCUUCUUGUUCUUCUUCUUAUUCGUCUUCUUAGAUUUUUAUCUACGUUGUCGAUUGAAUGUUGUGACCAAAGCUUUCUGCUUGAGUGUUCUACUUAUUCGGAAGGAGACAAGCUUUUUUUACUUUUUCCUCGGUUAAGCAUCCUUCACCGAGUUCCAUACCUGUUAUGCUUUAUUUGCAAUACUUAUAAAUACAAUAUACUCUAAAGCUGUGAUUAUUCCAAACUGUGUACAACAAGGCUACCAAUCGACGCUAUCAACGUGAAAUAAGACUACUGAACGCAAUCACACGAAUAGUCACCGCACCCCCCAUCUAUUGUGUGAUGGAACGGGGAUUUCGCCAAAUGACAUCUCAAUGUCUCUUGUGGUCGUAAUAAAUAUCCAAUAAAGCAGGGAGCGUAUCUCAUUUACUACACAGUAACACAGAAAGACUUAUCAUAUCAAAGUGCUUACCGGGGCCUGUGGAUGUCGGGGGAUAGUGACAAACAGAAGACAUGGUGAGCAAAGAGCCGAACCAAUUGAUCACAGGCCACGCAAACAGCAAGAGCACCUUGGCCUUGGACAAGCUGCCCGGCACUAUGACUGUGCGCUCUGUGCUGCUAAACCGAGACUCCCCGGACAUCGAGAGCCGGUUGAAGAGACGCCGCAAUCGCACCCACCAGGUCCGCUUCAAGGACCUGGAGGAUGGCAGCAGCAGCAGCAGUGGCAAUGGUGGCACGGCCGAGUCCAAGAGCCAGUCGAGGGGCUGUACGACGGAGUCCAAGAGCCAGUCGAGGGGAUGUACGACGGAGUCCAAGAGCCAGUCGAGGGGCUGUACGGCGGAGACCAAGAGCCAGCAGAGGGGGGUUACGGCGGACUUCAAAAGCCAACAAAGGGGGCUCACAGAUUAUGGCAGCCCUCAUCCCAACCGCAAGCAGAGCAGCAGUAGCAGGGUCCAUCGGGGGUGGGCGGACCGGGAUGGGCCGGGUUGUGCGGCUCUGCCCGGGAGGACCUCGGUUGUGGGGGCAGUGCGAGGGGAUAUGGCAGAUACCAUAGAAGUAGUGGCUGCCUUCUUAGCGAGGGCCCCACCUCACCCAUUAACUCCAGGACCCACGCGUCGCUGCUGGAUCCCACCUCAGGCCAAUUCUUUAACUUUGCCAAUGACGCGAAAGUCCACCACGAGCACCAGCACAGCCAUACAGACUUCCCCAUGCCUAAAGAAGCCCCAGUCGCACUCCUCGAACCGCACACACAGCUACAGCCUGAGGGAUUCGGUGGGUGUGGAUGGGGAUGACGAGCAGGACUCCCAGGAUGAGUAUCUGGGCAACAACCGUGGAUCGGCCGCACGAUCCAGGAAGGACUUUGUUUCUCCUGAGACGCAGCAGCAGACAGUGGCCGUGCGGGAGGUCAAGACCCAGAGGUCAGACGGUGAAGCAUCUGUUGCUUUGUUGAGAAACUCUAGACAUGGUUGCCCUCCGCAAACCCUCCGCCACGCGGAACCCUGCUAUUGCUCAUCUGUGACCUGUCGAGAGGGCUCCAGGCGCCCAGGGAGCACUACCCCGUCUCUGGUUCGGAGGAGGAAGCGGCUAAACAGGGCCAUAAGUGACCCAGGGAAAGAGGUGUCCUUCUGCACCACCCCGACACAAACUGACAGUCCCACUCCUUUACGGUCACCCACAAAAGCUCAAGUCUGCACCACUGAGGUCCAGACUAGGAGCCCUUGUCAUUCUCCUCCACCUCCAGAGCAAAAACACUGCAUUGCCCAAAGUCCAACAAAGAGACCGAUUGUAUGCCCAUCUCCAUUUGCUGUAGAAAAACAACGCUCCGCCCAAAGUCCAGUAAAAAAAACGAUUUUAUGCUCAUAUCCAUUUCCUGUAGAAAAACACAGCUCCACCCAAAGUCCAACAAAAGGUUCAUGUCCAUCUCUACCUCCAGAACAGAAAGACGGCACCAUCCAAAGUCCAGUGAAAAGGUCAUGCCCAUGUCCAACGCGAGAACCUAAACACUGUAACACCCAAGUCCAAACUGACAGCCCUUGUCCAUCUCCAGCUCCAGAACAAAAACAUAACGCAGCAUACACAACAAAGAGUGUAUUCUCAUCAUCAAUCCCUGAUGGAAAACCCUGUACCACCCAAAUCCCAAACAAAAAAUCAGGUCAAUGCCCAGUUCGAAAUCCUACAUAUUGUACCACUCAGGUCCAAACUGAUAGCCCAUGUCAAUUUCCAUCCCUCAAUCAAAAACACAGUCCCACUCAAAGUCCAACAAAGAGUGUAGUCCCAUCGUUUCUAGAUGUGAAACCCUGCCCCACCCAAAGUCCAACAAAGAGUGUAGUCCCAUCGUUUCUAGAUGUAAAACCCUGUCCCACCCAAAGUCCAACAAAGAGUGUAGUCCCAUCGUUUCUAGAUGUAAAACCCUGCCCCACCCAAAGUCCAACAAUGAGUGUAGUCCCAUCGUUUCUAGAUGUAAAACCCUGCCCCACCCAAAGUCCAAUAAAGAGUGUAGUCCCAUCGUUUCUAGAUGUAAAACCCUGCCCCACCCAAAGUCCAAUUAAGAGUAUAGUCCCAUCAUUUCUUAAUGAAAAACCCUUCACCUCCCAAAGUCCAACAAAGAGUGUAGUCCCAUCAUUUCUUAAUGAAAAUCAAUGCACCACCCAAAGUCCAACAAAGAGUGUAGUCCCAUCAUUUCUUAAUGAAAAUCAAUGCACCACCCAAGGUCCGAUAAAGAGUGUAGUCCCAUCAUUUCUUAAUGAAAAACAAUGCACCACCCAAAGUCCAACAAAGAGUGUAGUCCAAUCAUUUCAUAAUGAAAAACCAUGCACCACCCAAAGUCUAUCAAAGAGUUCAUGCCCAUCUCUACCUUUAGAUCAAACAACCUACACAGCAAAAAGUCAAGUAGAAAACCAUCAUCCGUUGCCAUCAAACCACAAACAAUGCAACACCCCAGAACAAACUGAGACACCCUUCCCUUAUCCUUCAACUAGUCAACCCUGCAGCAAAAAGGCCCCAAUUAACAAACUUGUCUCGUCGCUAGAUGUAACAAUGAAUCCAAGCUCAGCAGUCAUUCAACCUGAGAACUUGUCUAUGCCCAGUACUUCUCUACCCCCAGUGCAGUGUCAUGAGCCUCACAGCACCAAAAUCAAUACUGUGCCUUAUCUUCCUACCCCUCCGUCUACAAUCGCAACCACACUGACGCCCCAAUCUUGCGCCCUCUCCCCUUUCCCUCCAUCAGCCAGGCCGGUGUGCUCCACUCCGGGCCCCACUCCCUCAGCUCCACCCCCUGGCAUGCCUUGCCCCACUACGGCCCUUAUUCUAGACCCAAAAUCUGUCCCUUAUUAUACUGUGGUGUCGCCGCUAGAUCCUGCCAAGGCAGCAGCUGUCAGCUUCAGUCCUUCCCCUAUAACAUGUCUUGAGGAGAUUGCUAAGGCUACUUUCUCGACCAUUAGGCCAUCCGCAUCCAUCUCUUGCUCCACCAUUACCCCAGGCGCAGCCCCUCCUAUCAUUCCGAAUGGACCCAUCAUUGCUUCCCCUACUGUCCCAAAUGCAGAAGUCCCAGCUACACCUCUACCUAAUCAACCAUCAAACAACACACCACAACCACAUGCAUCCCCUUGUACGUUUGUCACCCAAACUUCUUUGUCGUGCACUUCAAUAUCCUACUACACCACCACACACCCGACCGGGCUCACUGGCCUCCACUCGAGCUCCACGUUGCCCCCUUAUGCCACUGUGAUACAGACAGUAUCCCACUGUAAAAUCCCAUGUCAAGGUGGCCAAACCAUCUCUGCUGCACACCCUUAUUCUUCCCCGGUUCCAAAGCUUAAGUCAUGCACAUCUCCACCCUUACUCAUUCAGACGUACGCAUCCACCCUCCAUAGCGUGCAGUCCUGUGCCACUCCAAGCAAGGCCGCUCCCUUAUAUUCUUCCACUUUUCGGGCCGCACCGCCGUACACGCCCCCAUCUCAGGACAAGAAGGCUGUUCGACUCCCGCCGCCACCCCCACCCCCACCUCCACCCUACACCCCACGCAAAGAGGACAGCACCACUCCAGGCUCUGGAACCAGACCCAACACACCCGGGACGAGCUGCAACGAAAAAGAAAGCGAGAAGGAGAACAGGCAAGAUUUGACAGAAACAAAGUCACCCCAAAGUCUGUGUAGGAGAGCCAGCUCUCUGAGGCACAGAGCUGCAACCCCUCCAGUUUCUGUAAUUAAAGAAGGGAAGCAGUCCUACACUUUGCCUGCCAAGGCCUGUUCUAGGCCCAGCUGUCUCAGCUCAGCCCAAGCUCAGCUGGGGGCGUUACACAAGAUGCUCUGCUCAGGAGCCAACACGAGGUCCAUCGCCUCCAGUAGCCAGCAAGCCCUCCCUCCGAGCCAGCAGGACUCUGGCUCCGUCUCCGGGGGUCAGCCGACAGCAGGACCCCUAACUGCUACCCAGGCCGAGACUUUAAGGCAGGUCCAAGAGAUUCUGGGGGGGCUGGUGUCCGGAGCCAGGUGCAAACUGGACCCGUCCAGGGUGGCGGAGAAGCUCCUGGGGCCUAACGGACCCCUGCAUGACAUCCGGGCCUUGCAGACCCAGCUCCAGAGUCUGGAGGGGGUGUUAGAGACCAGCCAGAACACCAUCAAGGUCCUGCUGGAUGUCAUUCAGGACCUUGAGAAGAAAGAGGCAGAGAGAGACGGGAGGCACUCCUACAGGACUGGACAGGAUAUAGAGAACUGUGGUACCUGCAGGGACUGUGCCUGUAUCAUCUACAGCGUGGAGCAUGACUUCCGUCUGCAGGAGGGCCAGGUGGUGAGGAAGUGGAAGGUGGGGGACCCCCCAGAGGGCUCGCCUCAGUGCACGGCCAACCCGCCGACCCAGCCCGGGACCCCCCAUCGCCAGGACUCCCCCCAGCCAGCGCAGCAGCAGCAGCAGCAGCAGCAGCAGCAGCAGCAGCAGCAGCAGCAGCAGCAGCAGGCCCCCGGGUCGGGCAAGAAGCACAGGAAGAAAUGCUUCUGGUUCCUCUGAGUGAUCCUGCAGGAGGAAGAGGAGGAGGAGGUAGAGGAGG